AUGGGCGCCACCAAACCCGAGAAGAAGGAGAAGAAGGACAAGAAGGACAAGAAGCGCUCCGAGGCCGACGGUGUCGCCAAGGUCUCCAAGGACAAGAAGGAGAAGAAGGAGAAGAAGGACAAGCUCAAGUCGGCCGUGCUGAACGCCGCCCUCGACGAGAAGCUGCAGUCUGACGCCGCCGCCUCGCUCGAGAAGGCCCCCGAGGUCACCGAGAUCGAGGUCGACGACGAGGAGGGUGAGGGCAAGGUCGUCAAGCCCGUCGUCGGUGCCCUGGUACCCUUCGCGCGUCCCCUGGCCGACGACAAGGGCACCAAGAAGAUCCUGAAGUCGGUGCGCAAAGCUGCCAAGAACAAGACCCUGAAGCGCGGUGUGAAGGAGGUCGUCAAGUCUCUCCGCAAGUCGACGCCCGCGGGCCCCCAGAACCAGGCGUUCCCCGGUGUCGUUGUCCUGGCCGGCGACAUCUCGCCCAUGGACGUCAUCAGCCACAUCCCCGUGCUGUGCGAGGACGUCAACGUGCCCUACAUCUUUGUGACCUCGCGCGCCGAGCUGGGCGCCGCGGGCGCCACCAAGCGGCCCACCAGCGUCGUCAUGGUCACCGAGAAGCGGGCCGGCAAGAAGGACGCCGAGGCCGAGGCCGGCGACGAGGAGUUUGCCGAGACGUACAAGGACCUGGUCAAGCUGGUGCAGAAGGAGGCCAAGCAGCUCAAGUUCACGUAA